AUGCCGGGCGUCGGGCUGGGUCAACUACUGGGAACCGGUCAGAUCAAGAAGAUGAUCGCGUCGUAUAUCGGAGAGAAUAAGACAUUCGAGAAGCUGUACCUCACUGGUCAAUUGGAUCUCGAGCUCACACCCCAGGGAACCAUGGCGGAAAAGAUUGCCAGUGGCGCUGCCGGCGUACCAGCAUUCUACACUCCUGCGGGGUACGGCACAAUCAUUCAGUCUGGAGAAAUGCCGGUCCGAUUCAACACAGACGGAACAGUAGGCACAAUGUCGACACCGCGAGAGACAAGAGUAUUCAAUGGAAAGCCGUACGUCCUGGAAGAAGCCAUCCAGGCAGACGUCGCCCUCGUCAAGGUGCACAAAGCAGACCGUAUGGGUAACUGCCAGUUCCGACGAGCGAUGAACAACUUCAACGAGUCAAUGGCCAAGAAUGCCCGUUACACCAUUGUCGAGGCAGAUGAGAUCGUUGAAGUCGGCGAGAUUGCACCUGAAGACGUCCAUAUUCCAGGCAUUUACGUGGACCAGGUGGCGAAGAGCACCGAAGAGAAGAAGAUUGAAAAGCUGACGUACCACAAGUCUCCAGAAGAGAUGCUCAAGUCGGUGGCUGGAGCAGGAGAGGGCGCGGGCCGCAGGAUCAGGAUCGUAAAGCGAGCUGCUCAAGAGCUGAAAGAUGGCAUGUAUGUCAACCUUGGCAUCGGCAUGCCUCUUGCAACACCCGCUUUCAUCCAGGAGGGCAACGAGGUAGUCUUGCAAUCUGAGAAUGGCAUCCUGGGCAUGGGCCGAUAUCCCAAUCCAGGCGAAGAAGACCCUGACUUGAUCAACCCGGGUAAGGAAGGUGUCACGGUGAAUCAGGGGGCCUCGUUCUUCGGCAGCCAAGAGAGUUUCGGCAUGAUCCGCGCGGGCAAGAUCAACUUGACCAUGCUAGGAGGCUUGCAGGUCAGCAAGGACGGAGAUCUCGCGAAUUUCAUGCUGCCUGGUAAGGUCAAGGGCAUUGGCGGAGCCAUGGAUCUCGUUGCAAACUCGAAGACCAGAGUCAUUGUUACAAUGGAGCACGUUGACAAGAAGAACAACCCCAAGAUUCUCAAACAAUGCACGUUUCCCCUGACUGGACGCAAGUGUGUGUCUCGAAUCAUCACCGAUCUCGCUGUGUUUGAUGUCACCCCGAAAGGAUUGUUGUUGGUUGAAAAGGUGCAGGAUGUAUCGCUGGAUGAGCUUCGCGCUAAAACCGAGGCAGACUUUGAGGUGUCCCCUGACCUCAAAGCAUAUGAAGUAUAA